AGUAUUUUUGAAAUGGUAAACACUUCAUAUAUUUAGCAUUGGUGCUUCUCAGUAGGCAAGUAAAGUGGUGAAACAUGGAGGAAAAUCUGAUCGAUAAAUUGUCUCAGGAAUUAAAAGUGCCUCGUGCUUACUUUAAAAUUCUGGAUGAAAAAUCUGCGAUUGCUCUUGUUGAUGCAGAUUGGAUCGAAGCAAUAAAAGAUAAGGAUCAAGUUCCAGAGUCUUCUAUUUCAGAUUUGGUCUCGGAGCAGGAGACGGAGGAGUUGUUCCGACUUUCCUCUCGUUGUGAAGAUAAAGGAACAUUUAAAGUUUCUAUUUCCAUUGUUGAUUUAGAUUCGGUUAAGCAUUUGAAACUAACUUUAUCCAAAUCGAAAUACCAAAGCUUAGGAAAAUUGUGUGGUGAUAUCGCGAAACAGAACUACCACAACCAACUAUUAACAUCCCAUCAAAGGUUCCCUCAUAAUUAUUUUCCUGCCAACUCAGAAUCUGCAUAUGAUGAACAUUGUGAAAGCCCUGUACAGGUUCUGUCUCAUAGCAAUUUACUGAUGCCCUAUGGUAUUGUAAAGGGAUGUGCGAACUCCUAUAUAAUUAGACCUUUUCUUAGCCACAGUGUACGACAUGCACUCAUGUACAGUCCAAAUAUGCUCAGUCAGUCGAACUCUAAACCUUUGUUUUUGGUCUACCAAAUUCUUCAACUGUUUAAAUUUCUGCAUCGAACUUGCCCAAGUUUAGACUUGUGUGGUUUAUCUUGGGGUGACAUUGCACUGGAUGAACUCAUGUGGUUACGAGCACGUAUUUGCCACUUCAUACCUCAAACCUCAACUAAAAAUCUUCAAGUGAAGGCACCAGAACAGCCAGAAUUAAGUGAAACUGUAACACACAAAGCUUUUGAUGAAACCAUAGCAGAUAUUGUGGAUAAAUGGGUUUGUGGAGAAAUAAACAACUUCGACUAUCUGAUGUACCUUAACAAACUCACAGGAAGAAGAUCAAAAGAUCCCCAUCAUCACCCUAUUCUUCCAUGGAUCUCUGAUUUGUCUUCUUUUAACGGGGGAUGGAGGGAUUUAUCAAAAUCAAAAUACAGGUUAAACAAAGGAGAUGACCAGUUAUACCUUCAAUACGCGAUGGCAGAAGACAACAGUUGCCACGGAGCACAAGUUCCUCACCAUGUGCCUGAUAUGUUGUCAGAUAUCACAUACUAUGUUUACAUGGCUCGUAGGAUAUCAAGAGAUGUACUACAGAAGCACGUGCGAUCAUAUUGGGAACCAAAUGAAUAUCCCUCAACCAUCCAGAGAAUACAGGAGUGGUCUCCGGAUGAAUGCAUCCCGGAGUUCUUCACUGAUCCUACUGUCUUUUACUCCGUGCAUCCAGACAUGAGCAAUCUCGGACUUCCAGAUUGGGCCGAAUCUCCGGAGGAUUUUGUCCUCCAGCACAUGGAAAUGCUUGAGAGCCCACAAGUCUCUGCUAAACUUAAUGAAUGGAUUGAUGUAACUUUUGGUUACAAACUAUCAGGCAAACACGCAGAGCAAUCAAUGAAUGUGUGUAGACAGUUGGUUGACCAUCAUACUGACCCCCACACACAAGGUAUUGUACAGUUGUUCACAACACCUCAUCCACAAAGAAGAAUGUGCUGUGGGGAUGAAGCUUUGAUUUUAAAUUCUGAUCAAUUAGACGGUGGGUUUCUUAGCCCAGGAGUAGAAACUGCAAAGGAUGCGUUGGUUGUGCAAGAGACUGGCGAAUUAAAGAGUGGGGACGAUAUAAUGAUAAAUGAUGAAAUAAAUAAAUCACCAAAAAUAUUGUUUCCGGUUGAUUACGAACCAUUUAAGUGGUUAGACCAACUGGAAAAGUUGCUACUGUUUAAGUCCAGAGAUACAGAAAAGUCGUCAUUGUCCACUACUUUUUGUGAAGUGUUGCAAAAUGACAACGACUUAAAAACAAUGUGUUCGCUAGAAGACCUGACCAGUGAUAAAAACAUGUUAUUGUUCAUUUGCCUCGUACUAGAGUUAUACCUCGCCCCACAGUUACAUGCUAAAGUUGAGAGACUCCCUUUGUCUAAGAGAUUUGAAGUCACUACAGCAUGCUAUAGUUCAUAUAAGGCUGAGCUUCCAUCUGGUAUAAGAUACCCUGUGGAUUACAUGCUUAAAAACUUGGCUGCUGGCAUUCAAGGAACAUGCACACAGCUUAUGCAGUGGGAAUCAAGCACUAGUUUUGAUUGUAAACAACAGCAGAGACUAUUUAAAUCCACCACCAACCGUGGUUUCCCUCCCCCCAUACCCGACCAUUUACUCCAUACAUCAAUGCACAUCAUGCACUUCCCCGUUUACUUUGACAAACUUUAUGCAUUCCUGGAAUAUUUACUGGUUACUACAGACCAUUACAGCAGCCCGUUACUAGAGUCAAGUUUCCCUGAAGUGAAUAUUUCACUGAAUGAGCUUCUUCAUGAACUGCAUGGUCGUCAUGAAGGGCUUGAGAUACUUCUACCUCAUGUAUUGAAACUGUUACAACAACCCCCACCCCACAGCAUCAACUUUUUAAUUAUGGCUUUUGACAGUAUAGCUCAGGAAUUAGGACCUAAAGAGAGUUGCAAAGUGUUGCUGCCAGUGGUUGUAAAUGUGUACAAGACCGUCAGCAACCACCAGGACAAGUUAUCUACAUUGAUUUACACCAAACCAUUCAUCACUCAGUUAUACUACAGGUUUGGGUUGCAGGUUUUCAUGGACAACUUCCCUUGUUUAAUGAUUGAAAAACUCGCAAAAUCAAGUUUUGAUUCAGAAACCAUAACUUCAAGUCUACAGUGGAUAAUAAUGAAGUUUGGUCCAACACUGACUUCCAAAUAUGUUGUACGUCACGUACUUCGUGUGCUUAAUACUUGCUUUUAUAACAGCACUGAUGGGGAAGUCCCCAAAGAGAGAUUCCAGCCGCUUAUAAACUGCCUCAUAUUUUCUGCAUCAAUGUAUGGACCAUCUUACUUCACACUGCAGUAUAUACCAUACUUAUCCCACACUGUGUCUUCUGCAAUACGUGGCACCAAGUUCACAGGUCGUGCCUGCGCGGCUUUAGAAGCCACGACAACCAUCCUCACCCAUCUGGUGCCAUAUCUAACUGACAAAAUCUUAAUGGAACAAUUGAGUCGCUUGUCAAAAGAGAUCAUUCUUCCACUUAUUGGAAUGCUGGCAGCCAAGAACUGCAGUUUUCCCCUUGGAGGACCUCAGCGAAGACGUUUGUGUCUUAAAACUGUGAAACUCAUCUUGGCGAUUGGAGUUCGGAUUGGUCGCGAAAUGGCACGAUUACACCUCAAUGAAAUCCUGCAAUCUUUUUUCAAAAAUUAUGAACUUUCAAUUUCUAAUGGACUUGGUAGAAACAAUACUUACUGUGAUGACCAGGUUGAUGAUUUAGUUUUCACCAUCCCUAGUAGCUUAGAACCUGCAAGUGAUUCCAUUUCUGCCAUGAUUAAAACAAGUGGAUUGAAUGAUUCUUGGCUGUCUGAAUCUCCCAACUCUUUACAUGCUAGCUCUGAAAGUCUGAACAUGACAUCCAGUUCUACUAAAGAAAAAACCUCAGCCAGUUUACAAAACCGUGAAUUAGAGGAAAAAAUCUUGGCUGAAAUUUCGGAAACGUUUUGCCCUGAAACCGCAUACCACGCAUAUGUUCCAUUCACAAGACUCAUGGGUGGAAUUCAUAUGGAAGGGAUUCUUAAACCAAACCAUGAAUUAAUUUGGAAACUAAGCAGCAACUAUGGAGAUGGUUUAGAGGAAGCUUGUGGCUCCAAUAAUAAGGUUUCUUCAAGUAGUAAACUGUCAUCAUCAGCUAAUAUAACAAUGUUUGGCAAUCGAAUUGUGUUAGAUGAACAUACAGAACCAAAUGAAUAUUCCACUGAUGGUAUCACAGUACAAAGGAAAGAUUUAAAUGGUCAGUUGCUGGGAAAACGAUAUUAA